UCGCUGCAGUGUGAGACAGACCAACACCAAUGUCAUGUUGGGAAAUUAAGCAGUGGUGGGGCAGUCAUGUGGAGAAGAGUAUCCAAUGAGCUCCAUCCAAAAUACAGGCCAUGCUACAGCACCCUGUGUCAUCGGCCAGGGGACAUGGAUGUUCCUCAUGUCCUUCUAACAUUGCUGGAGUUGGAUCACGCUUGUUUUACAACAAAGCAAGGAUGAGUUUCUAAGACAGAAAUCAACAUCCCAGCUGGCAGUAGUGACAUGACAGGGCCUUUCAUUGACGUAUUCACUGUCCCAGUGUCUACAGCAUAUCAAGAGAUGACUGAUGGCACUGUGAAGCCCAGAGCUCAGCCAUGACAUCUACUGGCACUCCCUUUCGACUUCUGCUUCUGAGCUCAGCUGGGCAAUGCAGUGCUGCUCAAUGCUCACAGUCUUUUAGUGCAUCGCCCUUUCAUCCUUCCACAUGACUGCAGUAUCUGUGGGAUGUUACACCUGCUGUUUUCAUGACGUUAGUGCACAAAGUGAUGUCUCUGUAUAUUUGGUAAGACCCUUACCAAACAACCAGCUGAACUGCUUUUCACAGCAUGGGUUCAAUACUCGAUGCAUUUGGAAGUGUGUCUUUAUGUAGAUUUUCAUUUUGACCAUAAAUGUAGUUAUUGCUUUCCUAAAGCAUACCAACUCACCCAAUUAGGAAAUGUUUGAGGUAGUCAAAUGUCUGUUAAAAACAACCAAAAAACAAUAAACUACUUCACUGGUUUACUUUGAUGACAUUCUCUGAUGGUUUUGGUUUGAAAGCCAGUGCUUUCAAACACCAGCCUCAGAAGCCAGGCGUGCAAAUAAAUAAACAUCGCGUACUGUAUCAUCAUUUUAACAUUUGUGUUCCUCCAGAAAACAUACAAGAACUCAAGUAUAAACGGUUCUGCGACCACCAAGAAAGUGAAAGAAAUACGGCUAAUCAACAGUUUAAUAUAAUGUUUUUAGAAUUAUUUAUGUUCAUGUCAUUUCGGUUCCGACAGAUUUGAAAUACGUGUUGCACAUUUAAUUAUUAUAUACAGUAGCUAGUUAUCUAACACUGAAGAUAUUAUAAAGAAUAUCACUUAUAAUAUCAUACAGUUUAGUUUUGUAAACAUUCCCAUUAUAAUGUAUUUAUAUACAAUUGCUGUUACUAUUUUAGACUUUCGUAUAAAACAUUUUCCAGGUAAAAGUGCUGAUUUAAACGAGAUGAUUUUCUGAUCUUUGCUUCCAGAAAGGAAACUGCUCCACCUCCUCACGUUUGCCUUGUACAGAAAUGUGAAUUUGUAAAACACGGACCAGGAAGUUCUAGAAACAUUUAACUGCCUCAAAGUUCGGUGUGACAGAGCGCAGAGAUCGGGAGAGCGAAUGUUUCAUUUGGAAAAAAAAACGUGCAAAAAAAUAUCUUAACAUCUGUCAAGGGUCCUGUUUUUGACGUUAUUCGAUGAAAUGCUGCUGUCCGUCCAAAAAAAAAACUUACAAGCAAUACAGAAACACAUUAGCCGAUUUGCAGGCAUGGUCAUUAACUGCAGUAAGUGCUUCCACCGAGACUUAAUUCACCGAAGCAGUGGAACGCGGUGUUUAAUAAUCGAGUUUGCGUCAGUCACCUUCUGAUAGCCAGUCUGCUCUGUGACAGAUCGCAUUUUGGUGAACCGCGUUUCUGACGUCGCACCUGUACCUGAUAAAUACCUCCGUGCAGUAAAGGCAUGAGCCCGCUGAAGGUACGUCUCGCAGCAGAGCACUGGUGCCUGGGAAACGGGACGCCAGGUGUUGAGAUCAGCACAGAACUGAAGAGCAGUCACAUCCAUGCUGCUUAGUUCUUGCUCUGCAGACGCGAUGCCUUUCCGUCUCGGGAAAAGCGGACGCGGAAAGAUGUUUGUGGAGCAGAAGUGUGGAGCUCUCCUACAGCCCGAGUCUACAGGCGGGGCAGCUCGUCCGCACUGAGGUUGGCGCUGGGAGACAGGAGGAGGAGACUCCUACUCUAGGUAGCCGAAAGCCCGUCUUACUCAAAUCACAGAUAACCUUACUUACUGUACACUGGGUCUCUCCUUUUACCUUCCCAGCCGCUUGUGAAACUCCCGGACAGAAAGAAACAAACAAACUGCCCCCGUCCGCUAAGCUUGACACACAGGAUAUUUUUGGAAGAGGGCAGAGCGAUCUUUCAAUCCGGCUUCACGCCCAGUGUGCUCUCUCCAAGAAGAUGUGAUUUCUGCUAUGAGGAUUUCUAGAGUCAUAACAUGGUAUUGAGACCUAAGGUCUUCGCUUCAAAAUGAAUAACCCUGGCAGGGGCUGAGAGCUGACAUGUCUGCUGGUGUACAUCGGUCUGUGGUUUUGCACGUGGUAUCGUCUGGCCGGACUGCUGAUGACAUCAGCUCUUCAGCACUGUAUCCAUAGAAACCAGGCUGUCUGUGUGUCCGUGGGUACCUGAAUCUGAGACCCCAGGGCCAAAUGCCUGUGAUGGAAGAAGCUGAUGUAAAUGAGAGUACCCCCGAGGCGACGCCCCAGGCCCUCUCCAGUUACAGCGUGGUGGAGCGGAUCGUUCUGAUCACCUUCCUGUCGCUGGUGAUGCUCAUGACCGUGCUGGGGAACCUGCUGGUCAUGGUGGCUGUCUGCAAGGACCGGCAGCUCAGGAAAAUCAAGACAAACUAUUUCAUCGUGUCGCUGGCGUUUGCAGACCUGCUGGUUUCGGUGCUGGUGAUGCCAUUUGGUGCCAUUGAGCUGAUCCACCAGAACUGGAUCUACGGGGAGACGUUCUGUCUGGUGCGGACCUCUCUGGAUGUGCUGCUGACCACUGCCUCCAUCCUGCACCUGUGCUGCAUCUCCCUGGACAGGUACUAUGCUAUCUGCUGCCAGCCACUUGUCUACAGGAACAAAAUGACACCUAUGAGAGUGGCUCUCAUGCUGGGGGGAUGCUGGGUAAUCCCGACCUUCAUUUCCUUCCUUCCCAUAAUGCAAGGCUGGAACAGCAUUGGAAUCAAUGACUUGAUAGAGCAGCGGAAGUUCAGCGGGGAGGCCAACGCCACGCUGUGCGUCUUCAUGGUCAACAAGCCCUACGCCCUCACCUGCUCUGUGGUGGCCUUCUACAUCCCCCUGGGACUCAUGGUGCUGGCCUACCAGCGGAUCUACGUCACGGCCCGGGAGCACGCCCGGCAGAUUGGCAUGCUGCAGCGGGCCGGGGGCGCCAACAGCGGCGCUUCGGACAGCGCCGACCACCAGCGCAACCACCGCAUGCGCACGGAGACCAAGGCGGCCAAGACUCUGUGCAUCAUCAUGGGCUGCUUCUGCCUCUGCUGGGCCCCCUUCUUCAUCACCAACGUGGUGGACCCUUUCAUUGACUACACGGUCCCGGAGAAGCUCUGGACCGCCUGCUUGUGGCUGGGCUACAUCAACUCCAUGCUCAACCCCUUCCUCUAUGCCUUCCUGAACAAGUCCUUCCGCCGUGCCUUCCUCAUCAUCCUGUGCUGCGGGCAGGAGCGCUACCGCCGGCCGUCCAUCCUCGGUCCCAGCGCCCCCUGCACCUCCACCCAGAUCAACGGGUCCACACAUGUGCUGAGGUAUACAGUGCUGUACAAUGGAAAUCACACAGAACAGGAGAAGCUGUCGCUUCAGAAUGAUACAGAAUCCCAAGAGUCCUGCUUCUGAUGACCGUGGCAUUUCCACCUAUGGAUGGGAGUCUUUAUGGGUGGGAAUGAUGGGGAGAAUGAUGCCGUCAUACUGGAGAGCACUGUCCCUCACUCUGACAUAAGAGCUGAGGGGCCGCCUUCAGAUCCCUCACUGCGUGCCCUUUCAGACUGCUGUGGCGAUUACUGGCAUUGCCGCUAUCAGAACACCGCGAAGGCUAUUAAACGUAAUGAAGAGGUGAACAAUAAUUGGAGAGACAGAACUGAGCGAAUCAAUUCUGAAUAUUUUUUUAUUGAAAAAAAAAAUCAGAGACUCGUACGACACUAUCCCUCUCAUUAAAAUCACAAUCUUUACCUCGUCGUCCUAGAUCUCACCGGUUUUUAGUGCUAUUCCACAAGAACUGCCAAAGGUAAUUGACUUCCUGAGUAGUACAUAUUUAAUGAAAAUAAAAUGCCUAUUGUGAAUUUAAGAAACAUAAGUGUAAUGCCACAGAUUCCCACUUUAGUUUUCUUUUCUGGUGUUUGGCGUGACAGUUUGGCCAUGCUGAAGGCUUUUUCCUGCUCUUUUCGGGAAAAAAGUAGCCUAUUUAUUAUGUCAUCAUGUUCAACUUACUUGUCAUUCCAGAUAAGAACAGAGCUGGCCUCAAAGGUGAUUGUAAUCCUGGGUUUUCACUUCUUUGCUGGCCUGAAGAGAAAUUGCCCACACCAGGAAAUGUUUCAGGAAUGAUAUUAUUCCCUGGAAACUUCCAUAUCCAAAUCCCUUAUUCCCGUCCAUUCUUUCCUCAUUUUCUUCCACCACACAACAGAAGUUGGUCAUGAACCAGCUUUUCAUAUCAAUGUUCAGUGACAUGACAACUUCUUGCGAAAAACAAAAUAAAAUAUGCACUUGUUGCCUAACUCUUGGAAUAUAGUGAAAUUUAAUUUCAGUAUUAACAGAAUCAAUAAGAAACAGCUUGCUUGCGGCUAUAUACCUUUUGUUAAAUAAUCAUGGCUACUUUUUCUCACAAACUGCACAGGAUGCUGCCUUUUUUCCCCAGGAAAAUUGCAAACACAGACAGCAUGGCCUUGACAGCCAGAGAGUGAAGAGUGCGUUUUUUAACAAGCGCGGCGCAUUAGUGCUUUUGUAGCUCGUCAGUAAUUUCUCCUAGCGAACAAGAGAAAAAAUACAAUGUACAAAGACACGUUAUUUUUUCUGUUUUUGCUGUUGUAUUUGGACGGCUGUCUUUAUUGCCUAGGAUCUCUUCCUUUUUUGGUGGUUACUGGUUCAACAUUGCUGCGUUUUAUUCUAGCUGUUUAGUUUGUUCUGCACCCAUUGGCAAGUUAACACUGACACAAAAGUCUGUCUGUAACAGUUUUUACUGGCCACGAUGCCGGCCCAAUAUGUGCUCUGCCCUGUUGUUCGUGGAUGUGAAGUUAUUUUGGAUAGUAAUGGCCUGCCAUUUGCUUUUUUAUUCCACCUCCAUCCUGUGUCUACAUCUUUGGAGCUGCUAGCUCAGAAUGGCACACAACCGAGUGCCUUAAACGUUGGACUGCACACAUUAUUAAAACCGAUCAGAGCUGUCUGCAUUUGUCUCUGCAAAAUAGCAAAAUAAAAAAAUCACUUAGAAUUUAUUCAUGUGUCUCAUCCUGAAGGAUUCCAAAGCACUUUACGUAUAGGAACGGACGCGUUUCAUCCACCACGGAAAAGAGGUAUCCACCUGGGACUGCAAGCCCACUACACAGGUGGAGAACUAAGAAAUUCCUUCACCAGCUGAAUUAAGGAGGGAUAUCGGGGAGAGACCGUUCAAGCCGAAAGAGGAAUUUAGUCAGGACACUGGUGUUAACACCCCUGCCCUGAGAUCUUGAAUGAGUCAGGCCAUCAGUAUGCCAUCUUGUGUGAAGGACAGUGCCUAGUGCAACUGUGUUUCUGGCCCCCAUACCGGGGGCAUCAGUUUGAGAAAUCCUGCUCCAGAGGGAGGAACACCGCCUUACUGACCAGUCCUUUCUUAGCUUCUUACUGACCUGGCUUUCUUAGCUUCUAAGGUCUGACACAAUCAGGUUACAAAGUGGCAACACUGUGGCCAAAAACCAUAACAGGAAUGAUUUCCUCCAUGUAUACGAGUCACACAACACACAGGAGUGUGCCCUAAGGCCCAGCAAUACAGCACUUUGUUUUAAAAUCCUAUUCACCUCCAAGGUGUCACAUACAGCUCUCAUAUCUAUGUUUUCUGGAUCCAGGCUUGAUUUGAGUUUCAAUUUGUUUUUCAUUCCGCGUGAGAGUGCUAUCAGAAUGUGCUGAUUAUCAUGCCAAAUUUUGGGGGCAGUAGGUGAUUGUACAUGAGGCAAGUGGUCAUUUCAGGACCCUGUCCUUGUGCACCACUUAGCUGCUACAAUAUGAAACGAAACCAUCAUCCCACUUUGUGGGGUGAGGAGGAAAUUGCCAAUAACCAAUCACCUGAAUCCCCCCUCGGAAAUUCAUGCCUGCACUGUAAAUAAGUUCCCUAAUGUCUGUGAUUGACUUGGUACAGGCGAACAUGUUUCUAAAAACUGGUUGCGGUCAUCAUGAGUCAACUCAGGCUUGCAGGAAAUCUCUUUCAGAACGUGCGUUUACAUUCGGUUGACUCAUUUUCCUGCGGUUUCAUGGUGUCCAAUGUAGCACAACACCCCGAAAUUCCAACCUUCUGACACGUGCCUCUUCCCCCCCGGUGUAAUCGAAGCACUGUACAUUGCACAAAUAGAAGAGAUGAAGGGAAAUGUGAACAAUUCACCUGAAAUUAAAAACUGCUAUUUCUUGCCUCCGUGCUCUCCCAGUCGGCUGGAGAGAGUGUCCAUACUUUGUCCAACAAAAAUCACCCCUGGAUUUGAGCAGAACUCCACGUCCACAGAGCUGAUGAAACAUUCCACCUGAUUAUUUUUCUAUAUUCUUGAAACUGGCAAUGUAGUUAUGUUUGUGGAACUUUAUGGACAUACAAAUGGACUGUGUUUAGAGUUUGCAUUAAAAUUAAAUUAAAUGCCUGGGCUGUCUGGAAGCAGCUUUUGUAUUUAAUAUUAAGCAGAAGAUGUGGAUGUGGAUAUACCUUCCUAUCCCAAGAUGCUUGGCGUAUAGGAGGGAACUCACUAAACACACAUUAAAAGGUUUCAAGGCUUGUUUUUUUCUGAUAACACAUUUUUUUCUCCCAAAAUACUGUACAAAUACAGACUAAUAUUAGUGCUAAGGCCAGUUAUAAGUCAUCCGUACCACAGGAAUAUAAUACUGUGAUUUGCAUAUAUAGAAAUCCUUUUUUUUCUAAUACAUGGUAUUUUGUAUGCUUAUUUUUACCCCGUAAUGUACAGCAGUUAAAGUGUUUGUACGGAAUGACAAAUUAAGAUGAAUGUUUAUUACUAAGAUUUUUCACAAAAGCGGAUUGAUUUCACGUGAUUCGCUGCUUUAAAUUGAUAAUAGUCAUUACAGCAUCUUUGACAACAGUCUCAAGAUGGAAAUGCAGUGCACUCUGGUUGCUCUUUCCUAAUAUAAAAGACAGUUUCUUCUCUUACAUACUGCAGUACAAUCGCCAUUUCUUCAGCUUGCUAAUAGCAAAAAUGCAAAGCUGUCUAGAAAUGUUAAAAUUAAUAGAUUCAACUUACCUCAACCUGCCUUAGUUUCACAUGUUAAUUUACUAUUAAAAUCGUGUACAAAAAACAUUCAACACUUUAAAGCUGUAAAAAGACUGAACCAUGUGCAAUUAGUUUAAAUUUAAUGUAAUUUAUAUUAUGGAAGAUUAAGAACUGAAAAACCGAAUUUAAUUUUGAAAAUGUGUCUUGUGAUUUAGUGAACAGAACUUUAUAGAAUUUUGUAUGCAAUAAUCUGACCGCAGCAACCAAAUUCCUUUACGGAUUUGCAAAGAAUGUAAAUGUGUGAAAUCUUAGUGUCUUUUUAAACUUGUAUUUUUCCAUGUGGCUGAAUUGCAUUGAUCAUCCCAGAACAAAAAAAAAAAGAAAUUAAGAAUG